AUGGAAUACCCACAGAACUAUACAAAGCAGUAUCAAUUCAAUGCAUUCCAUGGCCUUAUUACUGACACCUGGGAUCAGGAGGACCUGCCAAAUGAAUUCAGAGAUGCCACCGUUGUGCCUCUCAGCACCACAGACAUGGUAUUCACCGUCCGGCAAGUACAGGAGAAAUGUAUCGAGCAGAACCUGGACUUUUACGCUGUAUUCAUUGACCUUACCAAGGCCUUUCAUACGGUCGACAGAGCUCUCUGGGUGAUCCUAGCUAGACUAGGUUGCCCAAGGAAAUUCACCUACAUGAUCCGCCUCUUCCACGACGGUAUGACCGGCACGGUUCUGUCUAGUGGAGAAUAUUCAGAGUCCUUCAGCAUCACAAACGGUGUGAAACAGGACUGUGUAUUGGCACCGGUUCUCUUCAACCUGUUUUUCUCCUCGUUGCUGGAACAUGCCACCAAAAACAUCGACCGUGGCAUCUACCUAAAGUACCGUCUUGACGGCUCACUGUUUAAUCUCAUGCGGCUGAAUGCCAAGACCAAAACAAGAGAGAGAUUACUAGUUGAGGCUCUGUUUGCUGAUGACUGUGCCCUCAUGGUUCACACAGAGGAAGACCUACAGUUCAUUGUGGAUCAGUUUUCACAAGCGGCACGGCUCUUUGGCCUCACAAUAAGCUUGCCAAAAACAGAGGUCCUGUACCAAUCAACUACAGCAACACCUACAGCAACACUAGUUGAGGCUCUGUUCGCUGAUGACUGUGCCCUCAUGGCUCACACAGAGGAAGACCUACAGUUCAUUGUGGAUCAGUUUUCACAAGCGGCACGGCUCUUUGGCCUCACAAUAAGCUUGCCAAAAACAGAGGUCCUGUACCAAUCAACUACAGCAACACUUCCAAAUAUCACCAUCGAAGGCACCCAGCUGAAGACUGUGGAGGACUUCAAAUAUCUUGGCAGUGUCAUAGGCAACGAUGGCUCUUUUGAUAAGGAGAUCAACUCCAGAAUCAGCAAGGCCAGUCAAGCCCUUGGACGACUCAAAAUCCGUAUCCUCUCCCAGCACAGCAUCAAGCUCUCGACUAAGCUCCAGAUUUACCAAGCCAUUGUCCUCACCAGCCUCCUUUAUGGAUGCCUCAACUCAAUUCUAGGCAUUCGAUGGCAGGACAGAGUCUCAAACAUACAGGUCCUGGAAAGAGCCAACUCUACCAGCAUCGAAGAUAUGAUCCUCAAGAGCCAACUUCGUUGGACCGGCCACAUCAUCCGCAUGAAUGAGAACUGCAUCCCGAGGCAAAUCCUUUAUGGAGCCAUGGCCCAAGGCAGGAGAGAACAUGGGAGACCCAGAAAGAGAUACAAGGACUGUGAGAAAGUCCACCUGUCACAUGCAGGCCUAGCCCCCGAACAUCUUGAAGAGGCAGCGCAGGAUCGAGUGAAGUGGAGAUCCCUGAUUGGUCUUGCCAAAGACACAUUUGAAAUGAGUAGAACUGAACAUCAGCUCGAACUUCGGGACAAAAGAAAGACUGCAGCAGCUGCUGGUCCAGGACAAUUUCCAUGCCACCACUGUGAACGAAUUUGUCGUUCUCGCAUAGGACUUCACAGCCAUCUUCGGGUCCAUAACCGCUGA